AUGGUGGAGUGCUACACGGCCUUCGUGUUGCCCAAGGGCCGGCCCAGCUGCGGCCUGGUGUGGAUGCAUGGGCUUGGGGACACCGAGGAGGGCUGGGCCGAGAAUCUGGAGGAGGACUUUCGGAUUCCCAAGGCGCUGGGGUCCUGCAGAUUCAUGCUGCCACGGGCCCCGCGGCGCCGGUGCAGCUGCAACGACGGAGAAGUGGUGACCAGUUGGUUCGACAUCGCGCGCCUGCCGAUCUCAGCCAAGAGCAGGAAGCACCACCACGGAUGCUCCAUGGAGGAGGCGGUGACUUCCUGCGGCCGCGUGCACGCUGCCAUCGACGCGCUGAUGGCGGAGGGCAUCCCGCCCGAGCGCAUCGUGGUGGGGGGCUUCUCUCAGGGAGGAGCCAUGGCGAUCUUGUCAACCUUGACGUACCCAAAGAGGCUUGGAGGUGUUAUCGUAUUCAGCGGCAUUUGCUUCUUCAAGGACCUGGUGGGUAAGCUGGCAGAACCUCACCAAGGCCUACAGGUGUUUUGGGGUCACGGGACCCGUGACGAAGUCUUGCACGCGGACUUGCAAGACGAGGGCGUGGACUUGCUGAUGAGCGCCGGCCUGCAAGUCACCGCCAGGAAGUACCCGGUGGAGCACGCUCCCUCAGAGGAUGAGUUGCGGGAUGCGGCCGCCUUCUUCUCUUCAUCCGGGGUUCCAGCCAUCCAUGUGGUGGGAACGGGGUUGGAGUGCUUGAACAUCACAUUAAGAUUGCGCCGCUGCCUCACUUGGAGAAGCCGGGGCCCGGCGCCCUGGAAGAAUUUGAUUGCCGGGACCCGGCGCUUGCCGGGGCCCGGCACCCUGGAAGAACUUGAUUGCCGGGACCCGGCGCCUGCUUGCCGGGACCCGGCGCGCUGGAAGAACGGGACCCGGCGCCUAGUUUGCGGGGAGCCGGCGGCCUCAAAAAUCUAUGGUUGCCGGGAUCCGUUGCCGGGACCCGGCGCGCUGGAAGAACGGGACCCGGCGCCUAGCUUGCGGGGAGCCGGCGGCCUCAAAAAACUAUGGUUGCCGGGAUCCGGCGCCCAAGAAGAACUUGAUUGCCGGGACCCGGUGCCUGCAGGCUUGCCGGGAGCCGGCGCCCUGAAGAACUUGGUUGCCGGGACCCGGCGCCUAAGCCCAGCUUGCCGAAACCCGGCGAGCUGGAAGAUUGAGGGGAUCCGGCGCUCUGGGCGCAGGGACCUGGCCCACUCGUUCCUAGAUUGUCCCGGGGAGGUCCGGGGCUGUUUGGCAAACUUUAUGGCUGAGAGCGCGGAGUCCGACCAUUUUAGUGGCAGCCAAGCGGAGAUGCAGCCCUUGGUCUAUUUGGCGGUGAGGGGCUGGCUAGGUUGGAUCCAGUUUGUAGAGCGCUCCAGGCGGGCCUUUUUGAACAGCUCCCUGGUCUUGGUGGCCGCCGGUGCCGUGCACUGCUGGGCGGUGGUCUACUCUUUGUUCGUGGCGGUGCACACUCGCGCCAUGCGUUAUGGCGGCUACCACGCCGGCAGCAACGAGCAACUCCCGUCGUCGGUGGCGCUUACUGAGACGCUGGCCGUCAGCUCCCUGUGGGUUUGGCUCAUCGCCGGCUUCACCACCGCGGCGGUGCGGAUGUUGGACGAAGAUGCGGACGGCCUACCCCUAGGAACAGAUGACCUCAAGUGGGGACCGAUUUUGAGAUUUAUCCGGUCACCCUUCCUGCACAGCGCCUUGGGCCACGCCCACUCCGUGAGCUGCGCCGGGCUCUUCGUGAGCAUCAUCUUCUUGUGCGCCACCAUGGCCGCCAUGAAGGGCGGCAUCACGGUCUGCGAGUCCUGCCUCGCUAUUGUGGCCAUCGGCUUUGCAGUGCCUCACAUGGUCCUCGCGGGCAGGCGCUUGAGCGAGUCCAUCGACCAAGCCUUGUCCACCAUUCUCCCGGACGACUCCUUCGAGGCUGCAGCCGCAGAAGCGGCAUCCCUGGGGCCGCAGCUGUGUGUGCUCCUGUCGCUCGCGGAUGCCCCGGGCCACGCCUACUGGUGGCAGAACAUCGUCUACACCGCGGCCUCCAUGGCCUUCGUGGCCGCGGUGGUGGCGUCGGGGCGGUCGCCCGCGAAGAUGAGCAAUGUGGCACUGCCGCCAGAGAAGGCGGAGUCCUUUGUAUGCUUGGGCCUUGAUGCAACGACUUCCUUAGCCAUCGUCAUGUCCUACCCGCAGCUCAACACGUGGUACCUCCGGAUCGGUGUAGUGGCAGUCAUCGCUUGCGCCGUUGCCGCUCAAUACAGUCCCGUGCGGGACAUUUAUCUGGACUGGCUGGAGCCCAUCUUUGUGAUCCGCAGCGACUCCUACAAGCGAGUGCCCAACUUUCAUCGCCAGGCCCUGCGGGCCAUGUCCUGGGGCGCGGCGGGUCUUUGUGCGGUGGUCGCCUUGUGGGACAUUGCGCUGCAUCCCUUAGCGCUGGCUGCGGCCAGCGCUUCCAGCCCAGAUGCCACAGCUACAGCUUCCGCAGAAAGCCAGUAG